UAAAGUGCUCCGACGAGAAAAAGUCGGUUUAAAAUCGUGGUAGAUUUAAUUUAUAUCGGACAAAAAUUCUUUAUAAUGCGUUUGCGCUACUGUCUUUCUCGUCUGUUGGUUAAUAUCUAGUCUACUUUGAGUUGAUCGGCAACCACUCGUUCAUUGACCGGGUAAUUGGUUUUACUUUGUUAGAAGAAUAAAGAUGUGCAGCUGUCUUUAAGUACAAUUUCUCCUCUCACUUUGAAAAGCUAAAUUAGCCAUCCAAACGAGCAGCGAACCGAAGCCUUUCAGCAACAUUUCCCAUCACUGGCAACCAGCAACGCCGAGGACGAUGACGAUAGAGAAGAAAGCCUCGCCCCUCCGUCACUGAACGUGUUUAAUUGCCUCCUCUGUGUCGAUCUUUCAUCUUGAGGAAAUGAAUUUCUUGCGUAAUCGUCUCGUUGUUCUGGGCCUGGUAUUGUUGGCCACGUUACUGCUCUACCUUCUGCUGCCAUCCAUUCGCCAGGGCAGCAUGGAGCCAUCCCUGGAAGCUCAAAAAAUGGGGCUAAUGGCCACCCCUCCUCUUCCGCUUCCAACUAUCAAUGUGUCUAUUCGCACCGGACAGCUGCCCGGAGACCCCCCGCUGUUCUUCCGAGAAGCUUUACCAGUGGAUGGAGCUGGACGGCAGAUACUGCCAAGGCUGCAAAUUGUCUUAUUGCAUGGUCAGGCCUUCACAUCCAAAACCUGGGAAGAACUUGGUACCAUGGCCCUGCUGGCAACUAAUGGAUAUCAGGCCUUGGCGAUGGACCUACCAGGAUAUGGAAAAUCACCAGACUCGGAGUCUCUGAAGACUGACCAAAGUCGAGUGGAUCUCCUUUCAAGGUUCAUGGAGUCUUUGGGGGUGAGGGCAGCUGUGCUUUUGAGCCCAUCGAUGAGUGGACAUUACUCCCUCCCCUUUCUCAUGAAGAACAGUGCUCAGCUACACGGUUUUAUCCCUAUAGCACCAGUUGGCACCCGGAGUUACUCUGCACAGCAGUACCAAAAUAUUCAGACUCCCACUCUGAUUGUGUUUGGAGCACAGGACACAAAUCUGGGUGCCCAGUCCCACAAGAACCUCAUACAACUCCCAAAUCACUUCGUGCUGAAGCUGGAAGGAGCGCGCCAUGCCUGCUAUAUUGACAAAACCAGAGAAUUUCACCAAGGAUUGAUUGAAUUCCUCAGCAAACUGAAAUGAGUGGCAGAAUACCUGGGUUAGGAUGGAAUAGUCAUUUUUUCUUUGAAUGUAGUGACCUGGAAGUAUAAUAGGAGCUGAUUGAAAUCUCUACAUACUAAAGAAAGUGCUUCAGUGCUUCCUUUUUUAACUCCUUUAGCAUAGGAUACACUGGACCAUGCUUUGUGAAAGGGCAGUAGGUAAAGCCAACCCACAGUUCAAAGCGACACACCAUCUGAUUUGUCAUAAAAAUAUAACUGAAAAAUCAUGCAGGUAAAUGGUUGCAUUUCAAUCCAGCUCCAGUAGUUUCCAUGUUAUGCCAUAACCUGCUGAUAUGUUUUAAACCAUCAGUGACAGGCUAUGAUAAACCUACAGGCGACGUAUGAACACUAGGCUGCUGUAACAAAAUUAGCUUUUAUGAUGUUGUUUCUCUCUGUAAAGAAUUUAGAUUUAUUUAAAAAUAUAUAUGAAGAAAGACAUGAACUAUAUUAAAAAUGAUGAUCAAAGUAAAUCUAAGGUUUAGCCUUUAGGAUUAUCAUUAUCCAAUUUUAGUGUAGGCACAGGAAGCCUACAUGAAACAUUAAAGUUUUACAGCAGGUGCUCAUCAGCAGCAUCUGCUGUAACAUUAUUGAUUAGUCUAACGUAAACGCAGUCGAGCCCUCCCCCUCAUCUUUCUUUUACUUCAUGGCUUUUUCCACUGAAGUCAAGAAAUAGUGAUUAGGAAAAGACAGGAAGAUGUUCUUUUUCUGCCAAUCAGUGGUUGACUGUAGUGACUUAAAUCAGCAGAAUUCUUAUUUCUUGUAGAGAAAAAAAAAACUUUGACAAGGGAACAGCUGUUAUAAGGGAUGAGGUGGGGUGUCCGCCCUGGACAGGUCAACACUCUGUGGUUUGGAAAAUAGUGUUUAAAAUUUCACAUUUAACAAUGUAGUAUUUCAGAUGUCACGAAUGCAUUAUUUUUCAGUUUCUUUGCCGCCUAAAAAUACAAGAGUAAUUCAGCUUAUCUUGUUAAAAAAAAACAAAAAACAGAGACUUGUAUAGUGGUGAGUUUUGAUUCUUGUUUUUCUCAUCGCCUGUUGCAUGUAAAAAAAUAUUUAAUGUGGUUUGAGUGGCUGUUACCAUUUUUGUGGGUGACAUGUAGGUUACUGUAAAUAAGCAAAUGUUGCUUCCCCCUGUAUUUGAAAGCUUCUGUUAGUUUCACAUUUAACAAACAGCAUUUCUAUAAAUAUCUGGUAACCAUUCCAGCUCCCAUUAAACACAAGCUGUGCUAAACAAAAGCAAACACACUUGAUGCUCAAAGUAAUGGAGUUUAAAAAACAGUAAAAGAAAGUGUUAACAAUGUAAAAAAUAAUUUAAAAACCAACUCUUGUAUUAUAUAAUAUUGAAGUUGUAUGUAAUAUAUUUUCAUUGAGUUUGGACAAUCAUGGAAAAAGGAAAAUACGUGCACUGCUUAAAAUAAAGGCAAAAA